CAGAGGGGUGGGAGAGGCGUACGUAUGUGUGUGUGAUAUGGAUGGGGGAGGGGAUGUUUAUACAAGGACCCCUUUCUUCCUCCUCUUUCUCUCUCUCUCUCUCCAUCUCCAGUAUAUGCUUGUAUUUGUUCCUCGUGCUGGAGUAGACACGGACGACUGGGUGCGGCUGAUUGAAAAAGUCGGCUACGUCACGAAAAAACGAACGAACGAGCGGAACUGGCAACUAACCCUUUUUUUCGCGCUAAGGGACAGUGUUUAAGACCCGUGGUUUGGAGUUGCUGCCUUGAACGGGCCAGAUCGACGCUUCGCGGAACUACCAAGGGGGGGCAUCGAAAUCCAGGGUUUUCUGUCUUCUGCACGACUGCCUACGCGAUUUACAUUCGCUUCUGAGCAAUAUUGCUGUUGUUCUAGACGGCGGGUUCAUUAUGGCGGUGCCGAAACGCGUGUUGCUGCUUACUUCGGCAGCGUAUGCGGGUUUCCGAGCGCGGUAUGGUGUUGGAUUCACGCCGUUUGCAGCGCAGAGUUAUGUCAAGAAUACGCUUGGGGUCUAUGUUUUUUUAUUCAUUGCGCAGCUUCUCUGGGGGGUAUUUGUGUAUCCGUUGUUUUUGACGCCGUUGAGGAAGUUGCCGACGCCUGAGGACGGGCACUUUCUUCUUGGGCACUAUGCUAGGAUUUUCAAGGAGCCAACGGGUGAGCCGCAGAGAUAUUGGAUCGAUACUGUGCCGAACGAUGGUGUCAUCUACUAUCGUUUCUUGUUCAAUGACCCCAGGGUUUUGAUUACGACUCCAAAGGCGCUGGGCGAGGUCUUGGCGCAAAGGAGUUAUGAUUUUAUCAAGCCUACUAGGGUGAGGGUUGGGCUGGGCAGAGUGCUUGGUGUUGGGGUUCUGCUGGCAGAGGGGGACGAGCACAAGCGUCAAAGGAAGCUCCUCAUGCCUGCAUUCAACUUCCGCCACGUCAAGGACCUGUAUCCGAUUUUCUGGGGCAAAUCCCAGGAGAUGGUGAACCAAAUCUCCGAGACAAUCAAGAAAGAUCCUAGUGGGUCUUCAGUCGUUGAAAUCGGAUCCUGGGGUUCCCGUGCAACACUCGACAUCAUCGGUGUGGCUGGUUGUGGUAAAGACUUCGACGCCCUUGUGAAUCCUGACAACGAACUCUACGAAACAUAUCGGCAAAUCUUCGCCAGCGGCCGCGGCGCUCAGAUUGUUCAGAUUAUCCUCGGCAUGAUUCCGUACAAGAUCGCCAUCAACUUGCCACUCAAGCGAAACGACGAGAUUGGAAACGCGGUCCGUACCGUCAAAAGUGUAGCCAGAGAUCUUAUCCGAUCCAAGCGUGCCAAAUUAGAAAGCGGCGAAGCAAAGGGCCUGGACAUCCUCAGUGUAGCUAUGGAAUCCGGUGGCUUCAGCGACGAAGAUCUGGUGAACCAACUCAUGACGUUCCUAGCCGCAGGUCACGAAACCACCGCCUCAGCCCUAUCAUGGGCCGUCUACGUCCUUUGCAAAUACCCCGACGUGCAAAAAAGACUACGAAGCGAAAUCCACGAACAAAUACCCUCAGCACUUGAAGACGGCGGCCAAGUCUCAUCGACAGAAAUCGAUCAUCUGCCGUAUUUGAACGCAGUGCUGCAAGAGACUAUGCGUGUCUUCCCAUCCGUACCACUUACCCUGCGCGAAGCAGCACACGACACAACCAUCCAAGGGCACUUUGUCCCCGCCGGCACCACUGUCGUCAUUUGCCCCUGGGCCGUCAACACAUCCACCCAGCUCUGGGGCCCGGACGCCCGCGAAUUCAAUCCUGACCGCUGGAUGCAGCCUGGUACCGCCAACACGGGUGGCGCAGAGAGCAACUACGCCAUCACUACUUUCUUGCAUGGUCCCAGGAGUUGCAUUGGUAGAGACUUUGCCAAAGCAGAGUUCGCGUGCCUAGUCGCGGCUUUGGUGGGUAGGUUCGAGUUUGAGUUUGAAGACCCAGAGUACAAGUUGGAGAUUCAGGGCGGGAUUACGUCGAAGCCCAAAGGUGGGCUGAGGAUUAGGUUGAGGGAUGUUAGAGCGUGAAGGAUUUAGUGGGUAGGUGGGGAGAAGGAUUGGAGAACGUUUUUGUGAGGCGGAUAUCCUUUACAGUUUUAUGUCGUCGUGCAUCUGAGGAGUGUCAGUAAUGUUUACCUUUCCUAGAUGAAUUGCAUAACUUUUAUUUAAA